AUGGGAAACCAGAGUUCCAAGGAAGGCGGCAGUUCAAAGGCAUCGGGCGCUGAUGGCCUGCAGUCCUACCCUUCUUUCAGUCGCUCUGACACCAAAGACUCGACGCGCUCCUUCCGCUCUUUGCGAUCCAAGAUCCCCGGUGGGAAAAAUGACAGCCCACGCUCCUCCGCCAUUCUCACCGGUGGCGAAGCUGGUGCCGAAAGAUCAGAUGCCAUCUCGAGCCGACCGAACCGAUCGUCUAUGCCACCGUCCUCACGUCUGAACCGGUCCGACUUCGGCUCCUCUCCGACAUCAGUCUCAUCGUCAAUCGACAACAACCAACCCUCGUCGCCGCUAAGCGAUGAUGGCAGGCAGCCACCGCCGUCGCCAAUCCAGUCGGCCUCUAUGAAGUCGGGCAGACAUAAUGUCAGCUCGGCCCAGGCCAGCGGCGAGGUCGAUCACGUGUCCGAAUCACCACCGUCUGCAAGUGCCCCAGACCCGAACAUGCCACUGUCGGAACCAGGCCAGUCCAUUCUCUCUCGUCGUGACAGCAUUGCCAGCAAUUCGACCGCCUCAAGGCCGCUGGCUCCUGGCACUCCUGGCGUCGAGGAGGCCGGCAACAUGACCAUGGGCGACAUCCAGGGCAUCGAUAUCGAUGACUACAUUAAGCGCUUGUUGGAUGCUGCCUACGCAGGCAAGGUGACCAAGGCUGCGUGCCUUAAGAACGCCGAAAUUGUAGCUAUUUGCCAGCGCGCUCGCGAAUGCUUCCUAUCACAGCCGACGCUGCUCGAGCUGGAUGCUCCGGUCAAGAUCGUUGGCGAUGUUCACGGCCAGUACACGGACCUGAUCCGCAUGUUUGAGAUGUGCGGCUUCCCCCCGUCAUCCAACUUUCUCUUCCUCGGUGACUACGUCGACCGGGGGAAGCAGUCUCUCGAGACUAUCCUACUUCUCAUGUGCUACAAGAUCAAGUAUCCUGAAAACUUCUUCUUGCUACGGGGAAAUCACGAGUGUGCAAACGUGACACGCGUCUACGGCUUUUACGACGAGUGCAAGCGUCGCUGCAACGUCAAGAUUUGGAAAACUUUCAUCGACACAUUCAACACUCUGCCCGUGGCUGCCAUCGUGGCUGGGAAGAUCUUCUGUGUGCACGGCGGACUGUCGCCUGCUCUCGACCAUAUGGACGACAUUCGCCACAUUACCCGGCCAACAGACGUGCCCGACUAUGGCCUAUUGAACGACCUGCUAUGGUCCGACCCGGCUGACAUGGAGCAAGACUGGGACUCGAACGAGCGCGGCGUCAGCUACUGUUUCAACAAGAAGGUUAUCACUGACUUCUUGGUCAAGCACGACUUUGAUCUGGUAUGCCGCGCGCAUAUGGUCGUUGAGGACGGCUACGAGUUUUUCAGCGACCGGGUAUUGGUUACGGUGUUCAGUGCGCCCAACUAUUGCGGCGAAUUCGACAAUUGGGGCGCUGUGAUGUCGGUCUCGUCGGAGCUGCUCUGCAGCUUUGAGCUUCUCAAACCACUGGACUCGAAUGGGCUGAAGAGCCACAUCAAGAAGCAGAGAAAUAACCGCAAGAAUUUUAUCAACAGCCCUCCUGCCAAUGUGUAUCCUCAGAGUGUGUAG